GCAACCGGACGCCUGCGAGAAGGGAGGCUUGCGACGCGCGCGCGCGUGCUCUCUCACUCACUCACUCACUCACACGCACACACCCUCUCUCUCACAUACACACACACAGACAUCGAGGGGAGGGGAAGGGAAGGGCUCCGGAGGCUUGGUGUGUUCCUGGGUGGAGGAGGAGAAUCAGUCAGCGAGCCCCAGCCUACAAGGCGCCUCCGUCUAUCCAUCCAGCCUCCUCAUGCCGGUUCCCGCUCUUUCCCAGCCGUCCGCCGCCUGGGACGCCAACCUGUUUGUGGAGGUCACUCCGGGGCCGCUCGCAGCCUGUGGCUUCUCCCCUUCCUCGCUGCCGUGCAGCGCCUGAUGGGCUUGCCGCUGAGAAGACGGCUCGGAGCUUUACGCUAAGCGAGAAGCAUCCCGCCUCGCCGCCACCUCGCACACCUACAGCGGAGGGAUUUACUUCGUCUGGAGGAGCCCGAGGGGCUGGCCGCACGCCGGGGAAGAAAAUGUUCCUCGACCCAGACGCAGCCAAAGGGACACCUUCCCGUGAUGUCCUCCUGGUUUCAGUCAUCAUCACCAUUAGCCUUAGUGUCACCAUUGUCCUGUGUGGAAUUUGCCAGUGGUGUCAGCGCAAACUGGGCAAGCGUUAUAAAAACUCUUUGGAGACUGUGGGAACUCCAGAUUCCAGCCGAUGCCGGAGUGAAAAGAAAGCCAUUAAUGAUCUAGACAGAGACUUUUGGAAUAACAAUGACAACACAGUGCAGCAGAAAUGGAGUUCCUACCCUCCCAAGGAGUUUAUACUAAACAUAUCACCUUACGCCCCAUAUGGUGAUCCACGACUUUCCCUCAAUGGCUCAUUGCUGUCAGGUGCAAAGUUGGCUGCCUCAGCCACAGCUGGGUUGGCAGGAGAGCGAGAAGGAUGCCACGGAGAGAGGCAGCAGCUCCGAGAGGACGGCAUGAAGAGCAGCGUGUCUGCCCACAGCGAGCCCAGCAUUGGGAAGGCGGGGAGAGGCCGAUGGCAAAUGGUGCAGAGCCACCUAGCAGCAGGGAAGCUCAGCUUAUCCAAUUUUGAGGAUUCCACCAUGUCCACAGCCACUACCCUUGAGUAUAUCCCCACCUCAGCAGGAGACCCGAAAUGCCAGCGCCCGCGCACCCUCUUGCGCCAGCAGAGCCUCCAACAGCCACUCAGCCAGCAUCAGAACCCCAGCCACAGCCAGCCCACCACCAGCCAGAGCCUGGGUCACCUGCAGUCCCACACCAGCUCCACCUCAGCCACUGGCAACCCUCGGGGCUGUCGGAGUGGGCAGUCACGGCAAGGGACCUCCGCUGGCUCCAAGCAGAGGACAGCUGGUGGCCGUAGCCGCUCCAACCCUGGGAGCUGGGAUCAUAUGGUGGGGCAGAUUCGGAACCGAGGCUUGGAUAUGAAAUCUUUCCUGGAAGGCCGUAUGGUGGUGCUAUCACUUGUUUUGGGGCUCUCAGAACAGGACGACUUUGCCAAUAUACCUGAUCUACAAACUACUGGGAACCAGCAGAACCAGAAUUCUCAGGGGGACAAGAGAUUACCCUCUGGAGGGAAAGUUGUCAACACAACACCAGUGCCAGGUCAGACCCAACAUGAGGACACUGAUCACAAAACAGAGCCCCGUUCAUCUGUCUCAGACCUUGUAAAUUCCCUUACUAGUGAGAUGUUGAUGCUUUCCCCUGGAUCUGAGGAUGAUGAGGGACAUGACAGCUCCAGCCGAGAGAAUCUGGGCCGCAUCCAAUUUAGUGUUGGCUAUAAUUUCCAGGAAUCUACUCUCACUGUCAAAAUAUUGAAAGCUCAGGAGCUGCCAGCCAAGGAUUUCAGUGGCACAAGUGACCCUUUUGUCAAAAUCUAUCUCCUGCCAGAUAAAAAGCAUAAACUGGAGACCAAGGUGAAAAGGAAGAACUUAAAUCCACAUUGGAAUGAGACCUUUCUUUUUGAAGGUUUUCCAUAUGAGAAAGUGGUUCAGCGGGUGCUGUAUCUACAGGUCUUGGAUUAUGAUCGGUUUAGUCGUAAUGAUCCAAUUGGGGAAGUUUCCAUUCCUCUCAACAAAGUGGACUUGACUCAGAUGCAGACAUUCUGGAAGGAUCUAAAGCCCUGCAGUGAUGGCAGUGGAAGCCGAGGAGAACUCCUUCUGUCCCUUUGCUACAAUCCUUCUGCUAACUCCAUUACUGUGAAUAUUAUCAAAGCUCGGAAUCUUAAAGCCAUGGAUAUUGGGGGAACAUCAGAUCCCUAUGUGAAGGUGUGGCUGAUGUACAAAGAUAAGCGGGUGGAAAAGAAGAAGACGGUGGUGAUGAAGCGAUGCCUGAACCCAGUGUUCAAUGAAUCCUUCAUGUUCGACAUCCCCACAGAGAAGCUGAGGGAGACCACCAUAAUCAUUACGGUCAUGGAUAAGGACAAGCUGAGCCGAAAUGAUGUCAUUGGAAAGAUCUACCUAUCGUGGAAGAGUGGACCAGGCGAAGUAAAGCACUGGAAGGAUAUGAUUUCACACCCUCGCCAGGCGGUGGCACAGUGGCAUCAGUUGAAGGCUUGAGAGGCAGAAGCCAAGGACUCGCUCUGGGGUUCGGUGCACCAAGUCAGCAUUUAUUGGCUACACUCUCAUGACGACUUUAUGCACAGCGGCUGCACUGAGGUGUCCUCGUGAGAGAAAAGCUUGGGGAUGGAUGAACAGAGGCUAAGAGAGUAAACCUGAAAUGUGUACUUUAAAAAAAAAAAACAACCUCUGGGUGUGGGAAAGUGAUGUCAGUGCCCCUUAUGCUGGUUCAGCAGCACAUACUACUAUGAGGAGCAUUGUUACCACCCAACCUCCUGCUUUAGCCUGUCCUUCAGACUCCGUGCUUAGCAAGAACAAGCAAGAGAAAGAGAUGGAACAGAGAAGAGCCGCUCUCCAGGGGCUUCAGCCUAGAGAAGUGAAGCCCUGGUUUGUUUGAGUAUGCAGUGUGGCACGGACUUUGAAAUAAUGGGAGGAGAGGAAUCUGUGAUCGCCAUACAAGACUGCCUAUGCGUUCUUCCAGCCAAAGGCCCAUUAGAAUGGUAGCCUGCCCUGCCAUGAGAAAGCUAGCCCUCAUCUGUGGGUGCACAGACUUGAGAGGGGGAAUGGCAAGAUCACUUGCUCUGUUUCAGUGGAGAUGGCUUCAUUAUAAUUCAAUACAACUUGUAAGAGUAAUAAUAUAAAUAACAAGGAUGGCUAGACCUUUAUCCUAGCCAGGCCUCUCAGCAAAGCAGAGAGGAGCCAUGAUGCUCCCAUAGCCCUCUGGGUGCAUUUUGUCUGUGUGUGAGAGAGAGUGAGAGAGAAGGAGUGAAGGAGGGAGACUGAUUGUGAGUAACUGAAUGUGUGUGUGUGUGUGUGUGUGUGUGUGUUGUAACUAGGUAUGAAGAGCAUUUAUGUGUCCCUUGUGUUUUCUUUCCCUCAGCCCCAGAGAAAUUGUUUUUCUAAGAGAAUGGAUUGUCAGCCUCGCAGGAACAAGAAUUUAUGCCAUGUGAGAAAGGAAAGCAGUUGAUUUCCAGGCUUGGAGUCAAAGGGAAAAGAGAACAGUGAGAGGCAAAAAAGCUAUUUUGAUGGCCCACAGAUCUGGAAGCCUUGAAGUACAUGUCACAAACUAAAGUUUCUUAGAGAGAAACUAAUGUUUAUUUAUUCCUCUGAGUUUGAUCUAUUAAUGGUGAAGAGACAUGUUAAAUUCUGCUGAAUUUUCUCUGGCAAGCAGAUCAAACUGAUCCCUCACAACUUGUUCCAUCCAAUCAGCCGUAAGAAGUCUACCUAUUUCAACCUGCACUGGCACCAUCUUUUUUCUCCAUCUUGGUGUCCAAGGUUGGCAUUUGCCCAGACCAGAGUCUUGCCACUGGAACAAGCGUGCAGCAAUACUAUUAACCAGUCAGUUUUCCACUAAUUGUAAAAUAGAUUGCCUCGUAAUGAACACCUCAUUAACAACUUACAUCACUCAUGAGUGUAUGACUUUUUAGAGAAAUGUACACCUCCACUAAGUACAUCUCAGGAUAUUAUUUUAUAUACUAAAAUUACCCCUGCUUGCUAAUCAGAGGCCCUAGGUGUCCUUUAGUUACUUAGAUCUUGACUUGUGUUCCCCCCCCCCCCAGAUUCUAGAACAUCUUAUGGUCUCCUAAUAUUUUCUCCUGAUAUCAUUAUCAUUUUUCCAGGUAGUCAGCAUAAAAAGUUAUAAGACAAAUGUGUUGAAGCAGGGAUGGAGGUACUCUGAAAAUGAAUCACUGUAGCUAAUUUCUGGUUAAUCCACUCAACAUAGAAUGUAUUAAAAUCAACACUUUCACCAUCACAAAUUUAGCAUAUCCUAGUGAGCCUAGCUACAGUCCACAACUACUUUAUACAUGUUUGACAGCUUCCCUACUUUCCACCCCAUAUUAGGAAAGCUCAGUUUUUUAAAAAAAAGGAUUGUCUAAAAAUUGUUCAUCAUAAAGCAUCCAGUGCUAACACUGCAAUCCACCCCACCUCACCCCAACUCCUGAUGAGUGCAGUGCAGUGGGGACUGAGCAGCAUUGUGAUUUUUAACUGCAUAUUCACAUAACUGAUGUGUUAUGUUCAAAACUUAAGCUGCUAUGGAAAAUGGAUGCCUUGAUAUAUGUGCAAAACAGUUUUGUGGUCAAAGAUGGCACUUGUUGAACAUUUUUUAGCAUCCAUUAAACUAUACUUGAAUGACAAUUAAUUUCUGCUUUAAUAUGUCAUAGACAAGAUUGCAUGAAUCAAUUCUGAAAUAACAUUUCCAGAUUACUGCCAGGUGCUCUAUCAAAUGACAAGAUGCUUCCACUCAAGACUUUUACCAUGCAGUGUCACACUACUUAACCUGCAGAAUGGAAGAUCCAAAUGAUUAUGUCUCCUUUGUCUCUUUUCCAUGUGUUUCUCCUCCCCACCCCACCCACCCCACCCAGUUCUUUCAGGCUUUUUGUUAUCAUAGGAAAUCUACUAAGAAGAUAAAGAAAUAGAAUACCAUAGCUCCAAAAGUAGAGCUAGGAACUCUCUUUUCAGUUUGCAAUGAUACGGCUGGAAGGAAACUCAAAAUCAUCAUGCACUCAUUUACUUGAGUAAUAAUUCUACUUCUGGUUUAUCCCUUAUUAAUGGUCACUUUCUCUUAAACGUUACAUGAGAGGAAAUUAUAUGAUCUUCCAAAGCAGUCUUCUCACUUAUCUAUAUUCUUUGGAGUUUUCCAGUGGUCAUCUAAAAUCUCCUCCAUUGUUUAAAGCCAUGAUUCAGAUCUUCCUCUCUAGCACAACAAACAAAAACAAAGCUGUUUUGUUAUGAGUCAGUGCUUCAAAUGAAAGACGAUAGUUAUCAUAAGAAUUCUUGAAUUAUUUACUUAGGAUAAACUAUUACAAGAUCCUCUUUCCUAUCUUUAUUGAGUUAAGGGUGCAAAAAGUGCAGUCUGGGGUCAUGUGCCCUCUAUGUACAUCUCUUUUCUGGUCCAAGAACCCAGAUUGGGAAAAAACAAAACUUGAUCUUCUUUUGCAUUGGGGGGGGAGGCUUAAGGAACAAAAUGGACACCUUAAGCUUUGCAGAUACCCAAGGCAUUAACUUCAAGUAAUAGUUUCUGCCCACUUUUGGCAUACAACUCUAUCCCUCAGUAUAGCUCUUGAACCAACAGAAGUAGCACACCACUAUCUCUAGACAGAGACAGACUAGUUGGUUCAGGAUAUUCAAAUGGUGCUUUUGGCUUCUCAUUCUUUUCCUCCAUCAAACUAUUAUUUACUAGAAUUUGAAAAGCAUCCCUAUAAUGAAACCUAUUUGAGAAACCUGCCUUAAAAUGUCCAUGGUUGGUCCCUACCCAAGGCAAGCAGCUGCAACUGGUAGAUCUGCAGCAUCAAUAAAAAGCAGUAAGUUUUAUCAUACCUUUUGCUAUUAUGAUAGUGUUAGUUGAUAUUUGUUCCCUACGAUGCUUCUUAAGCCGUUUCUGCACACAAGAGCAGUUACCUCUGCUGCAAGAAAGGAUUCUGAAUGCAUGUUUUUCUGCAGGAACCCCAGGCAAUAGUGACUUCAAAUGGGGGAGAUUCAAGGCUUAGGGUCUCUUUUGAUUACAUUUCCCUCAGACAUUACCCUUAUCACAGAAUCUUCAUUUGCUUCCCCUAUAACACAAUUUUAACAAAUACACCACCUGGUCCCCUAUGAGGGAAGAUGGGCUUGUGGGUAUUUUUAAUUCACCACAUUCCUUAUCUGAAAAUGAUGCCAAGUCUUGAGAUAAUACAUGUGACUAUCGCUGAUAGCAACAUAGAUAAAAACAAUAAGUUUUAAAGCCUUCUGCUCUUCUAUGAGCAAUGGAAGAUGAGAUGUAGAUAAAUCUAGGAAAAUGGAAGGGAGCAUAAUAUUUGUUAGGUGGCACCAAUGUUCUAUUUUGAUUUUUCUGAAUGAUUUUAUUAGAACCAGAGGGCAGAUUGCUAGCUCAUAUUAAUCCAUUUCUCCUGAGGACAGAAAUGCCCAAACUGACAGGAAAGGUAGCACUGUUACAGACUCUGACAGACACCAAAACUGACAGAAUUAGUUAAACAUGAUGUGCAAAUGACAAGAUCAUUUUGCCAAUGCUAUCAAAUUCUAAGGAAAACAAACAUUUAUCAAUGAUAACAGAAGGGAUGGUAGUAGAAGGAGGAUGUUCAGCUUGGUGACACCUGCACUAAGUACCGAAGUCAAUGGAUAUCAGGAUUCUGGCAACUUCUAGACUUUUCUAGAUUUAAUGCCAGAGACAUAGACUAAACCCAAAAUUGUGGUCUUGGAAAAGAAUGGAUGUUGGUUUAAUAUAAAAUGGCUAGGUCUUCAUUAACUCAUUAAUUUUGGUUGAAAGGCUAGGAAUUGUUUUAAAGCUGCCAGCUUGGCUGGUUGGACUAAAUUAGGGAAAUCAUGGGGAUCAAUCGAUAUUAAUUUUGAUGCCACGAUGACUGCCUCUGAAGGCUACCUUCCUUGUACAAUUGGUUGGUCACUGUAAGAAUAGACUGCUGGAUUAGAUAGACCAGUGGUCUGAUCCAGAAAGGCCCUGCUUACAUUCUUCUGUUGUUUCCCGGCCAAUUAGUUUGCACAAUCUUACUGCAAUUUCAUAAUACCUGCUUCUUCUCCACAAUGUUGUCCAUCACCUCUGUUCUACACCUCUGUCCACCUUCUCCCCCUGUUCUUAAACUACCUUAUGUCCUUUUAAGUCCUCUCCUCGCAUUCCUCUCACUUCACACACAAAAUUUAUUCAGCUGUUUCUCUUCCAAAAAAAAAAAAAGACUCCUCCAAAUACAAAGUUUAUCACCAACCGCAUUGCAGCACCUUGCUUCUUUGAAGUCUCUUCAGAUAAGUUUUGUAUAGAAAAAGAUUAUCAAUAGUUUAUAGUAGAGCAUUUAAUAACUCUCUCCAGUCUUGGCCAUUGAUCAUGAGGACACAUGAGCCAGCCUUUCACAUGUCCCAGUGUUUAGUUUCUUCCAUCAGAUGGCUAAUCCAUGGAUCUGUUUUGUCAAGGUGUUUGAGCAGACUGACUUUUACAAUGUGCAUAAUGUUUGUGAUGGAGUUAUAGGUAUGUAUUUUGUAGACUUAGUCAGUGUGUUACUGAAUUUUCCCCAUGUAUGUUGUACAGAUGCUUGAAUUGUAUUUCUGGCAGGCAUAUUUUUAUACAUAUAUCAAGACAUUGCUAAGAAUAAUAAAGGCAUGCAGAAAUAAGAGAAAGACUCAAAAUAAACAGAGAAGGUUUUAGACAAAUCAGGAACCAGGAAAAUUUGAAUUGUAAAGUGAGUUUCCACCCUAUGGCUUUUUUGAGGGCAUGCUCUUAGCUGGGCCAGGAAUUUAAAAUCAAAGACCCCGUUUUUAUAUAUUUAUUAUUCUGUUAUUGGGGGAGCAGUGAUAGUAAGGCAUCAACUGGCAUUUGUUUAAUAUAUCUUGCUAGAGAAAGAGAGCAUUGAAAUGGACACGGCUUUAUUUUUCUAUUUUUCUGCCUCACCUGUAUAGCUGUCAUGCAAUCAGAUGCAAAAACAAAAUGUUGGACACUGAAACAACAAAAAGAAUUUUUAUAUCAAAAAAGGAACUGGAACAUAGCUAACUUCCUAUUUCGGUAUUUUUUUUUCAAUCCUGUUUCCAGUACUUUUUUCCUCAGCUUCUUCCUGACUUCAAAGUAAAAUCUUUGUCACUGAGCUACUUUUUAAAUUAAUUAUAUGUUCAUCAUAGUUGGUCAAUUUUGCCCAAUAUAACUUUAAUUUCAUCUUGCUCCUUUACAAUUCAUAAAAAUAUAUUGGAUGAGCUUCAAAACUCCCAUCAGUAGACCAUAUCAGGCUAUUUAAUGCAAGCAAAAAAGAUAAUCUAAAUAUAAGCCAUUGACUGAAGCACUAAAAAGCUUCAGUUUGGAACAAAGCUAUGUUCCAGUAUAUGUUUACAAAAAAAAUUAUUCUAACUUCAGAUAUCAUUUGGAAGGUGCUUUUAUUGGAAGGUGCUUUUAUUGGAAGUUGCCAGGAUUGCUACAGACAGACAGAAAUUGCAAAGUUUUAAUUAAUUUGCUAGAUUUAUCCAUAAGAGACUGAAGUCAUCUGUUCUUCUUUGUAGCUGCCUCAUUACAAUUCACUCAACAGCAUUUCCACAAAAGGAAAUAUUAGCUGGAUCUAAAGAGAUCCUUUGAAGAAGGUUACCACAAGCUUCUUUUUUUUUAAGGCUGCAGGUGUCACCAAUCUUUGCAUGGAAGCACUGAUCAUCUCCCAGAUCCUGGUCCCUCUUGCCCACCUGUUCUGAUCUAGGCUUCCUUAAGUAUCAAGAAGCAGAGUCUUUUAUUUACACGACUGUGAAUUAUGUUCAUUCACAGUCAGCACAGCUUUGCAAACAGUCUUUCAGGGGCAUAUUUAUUAACACACCUUAUCUCACUGGGAGAGCUGCCAGAUAACUAGUUUCCAACCGCAGACAAGGCAAAACUUGGCACAGUCUUUUAAAGUCACGAACAGAACUUUCCACUUUGGCAACAACCGACUGAACGAAUUGUUUCCUGCAAAAGCCCCCUCCACGUUCGCUCCUCUUGUUUCCUAUGGGAGGGGCCAAUCACCUCCAAGGUGUGGCUUUCCUCCCAAGUCAACUCUGCUUUCUUAGUUUUUCUUGUCUUCUGGCAGCUCUGUGCAUGAGCACACUGGGAACAGGCUCCAACUCUUCUUCUGACUCACUGCUGUCUAGCUCCCUCUCUGCCUCUGACGCAGAGCCCUCGCCCGAGCUUUCCCUAGCCCCCCAGGGCUGGCCCAAGUUCCUUCCCAACCUCCUCCCUGUCCGACUCUGCUGCCAGCUCCGCAGGCCACAACAUCACCAAAGGAGGUAAUCCAAUCCACAGAUGAAACAUAAAAUUUUAAACCACACUCUGUCCAUUUCUUCAGAGGUCAUAUACAGUCCUGGACUGUAGAUUUGCAGUUUCUAUGUCACUGUAAGCUCCAAGCAACAUAACAUUUAUCAUGACAUUACAGCUUUUCAUUUUAGAUUCUCCACUACUUUCCACAAUGGAAAGUCUAAGGAGUAAUGGAAACGGGACACCCACAAGUGGGAAGGUUAGAUAGACUCCAUUAGUGGAAAUAGACUCACCCAAUGACCAUGAGAGCACAUACAGAUAUAUGCUUUCCCAAAUCAACAAAGCCAACAAUUUUGGCUUGCUCCAAGCUAGUACUUUGUUCCCAUCAUUUUGGACGUAAUGAUAUUCUUAAAUAAAUUGAGAGAAAUAUAUGUCAGUUCUGCACAACUUGUAAGCCACCACGAAGGCAGAAUUUGCUGAUUAUGUGGCAGCUUCUCGAAUACUGUAUUUGAGGGCCUUCAGAAGCCAAGUCUGAGAUUAAUCAAGCACUUUAUUAGCUGUCAAACAUUAACAAAAUAAAAGGCUGUGGUGGGCCCCGUAGCUUGAAAGUAAACUUUAAAAUAGCUGGUACACUAUUGACAGACUCAUCUGUACAUGUGGAGCAUUUCCACCUAAAUCCCUCAGCCAGUUUGAAAGCAGCUCCAGACUUCAGUGAACCCCACAACCUCAGUCCUGCUAGGUAGUCAUAGUGAGGAAUUCCCCAUUCAACAGUAUGAAAAAUUCUAUCUUCAGCAAAUGACUAUUGAAGAGUAAGGAAAUGGUAUGAAAUUAUAACAAGAAUUAUGUAAAGAAGCUCAUCUUCCAGCAUGGGCAUAAACUUUCCAUAUCUCAUAAAGCAGCAUCAUAAAUCAUUUGUUCAUAGGCUUGCAUUUUUAAAAAAUGGGGGUGGAGUGGCUUAACGGGGAAUUGAGGGUCAUACAAAUAUAAAGAAGAAAUGUAUGUGUAUAUAUAUAUACAUGUAUAUAUGUUUCUCUCUGUGUGUAUGUAUGUGUGUGUUUGCAUGGGUUGGUGGAGUUUGGCAGGACACUGGGUCUUCUUUCUAUUUCUGCCAUGGAGACAAUUGAGGGGGAGGGGAGGUUAUUAAGCUUCUCAUUACCUCAGUUUGUCCAUCUGUACAAUGGGAAUAAUGUUUCUACAUCUCACAGGGGAUGAUGAUGAUGACGUGAGGCUUCCAUUAUCAAGGCUCUGAGUGUGUUAAAUAAAAACCUCACUGCUCAAAAUCCCUUCACUUCUUAACAAGGCUUUAAUGGGUAGGAAGUUUCUUUAGUUUGUGUAAAUUAUCUCCAGCUGGUUCCCAAAUGCUAGAAUAGCCUUUGAUUAAAGGUGCUACUACUAUCAACAUGCAAAGUAUUAUGAUCACUUUUGACAAACUGAGCAUCUGCUCCAGCCAGCCUCCCUACGGAAUAUCUUUACCCCUCACCUGCCACCACUAAUCACUCCUCCUCCCAAAUAGAAGUGGUUUUUUUCGUACAAUUGAAAUUUUAAGAGUUGUGUUUAUUUUUAACUUGAGCUCUUAGCUGUAUCUUGUUCGGGUAUUUCUUCAAUGUGAUGAUAUCCAUCUAGCAUAGUAUGUGCAAACAGAAAAAAAAAUUGAAAAAAAAAUAUAUGAGUACAUUGUAGCUGAGUUUGUUACUAGCAAGGAGGGUGGCCAUCCAGCUAAGCUCUUUUGCUACCUUCUUUCUAUUGUGUUUGGAGAUGUUAAAAUUCAUGAAGCAGAUGUGCUUUAUAAUUAAAAAAAAAACUGAUGAAACACACAAAAAACGGGGAGCGGGGAAAAUCUAACGUUACUGUUAUUGCUAUAACUACUAAUCCAGUGUGACUUGAAAAGCACUGAUAACUACAAGGUAGGAUCGUUUCCUUUGCAGAACCCUAUUUUUGGAGAACCAGGCCCCUUGUUUUGUAGAGAGGCCCCUGAUCCAAACAAUAAAGGAGAGCAAACCAAG